AAAAAUUUUUAGAGAAAAAAAAAAAGAGGGCAAAAAAAAAAAAAAAGAAGUUUAAGAAUAUGGUUCCAGGUCCUCUUACCUUUGAUGACUUGUAUAAUGAUGAAGAAUGCAAUUUUGGGAUAACCCCAUCUGGCGUUAUUGAUCCAAAUGUUAAUUUUAGAACAUCAUUUGGACGAAUCCCUCAUCAUUUCAUGGCCAAUUUAGACAAUGGUUGUAAUGGAUCAUGGUUUCCAACUUUAUCUGAUGAAAAUGGUGGCGAAUGCAAGAGGCUGAAAAGAACUGUCAGCAUGUUUGAUUAUAACUCUCUUCUUCAUGAAUACAACAGGCAUUCGGGUUCCGGGAAUGGUGGAAUCUACCGUGCGAAUAGUACUAACAGCGUUAACACGUUGCCGCGCCUUCAUUUCCGCGAUCACAUUUGGACUUAUACUCAGAGGUAUCUUGCUGCUGAGGCUAUUGAGAAUGCUAUCAAUCAUGGUUCUGAGGUUUGUGGUGGAAAUGAAGAUGAGGAGAAUGGAAAUGGGAUGAAGUUAGUCCAGCUGCUGAUUUCUUGCGCCGAGGCCGUGGCUUGUCGCGACAAGAGUCAUGCUUCUGUUCUGUUAUCUGAUCUCAGGGCUAAGGCUUUGGUGUUUGGUUCUUCUUUUCAACGUGUGGCGUCCUGUUUCGUGCAAGGGCUCGAGGAUCGCCUUGCGCUUGUUCAACCACUAGGGACUGUUGGUUAUGUUGCUCCCAAAAUGAAUAUAAUGGAUGUGAAUUCAGAUAAAAGGGAGGAAGCGUUACACCUUGUUUACGAAAUCUGCCCUUAUUUGCAGUUUGGUCAUUUUGUUGCUAAUAACACUAUAUUGGAAGCCUUUGAGGGAGAGACAUUUGUCCAUGUGGUGGACUUAGGUAUGAGUCUUGGUUUGAAACACGGUCACCAAUGGCGCAGGCUGAUACAAAGCCUCGCCAAUCGUCAAGGUCAACCUCCUAAACGCCUUAGGAUCACCGCGGUUGGCCUCUGUGUGGAUAGGUUUCGGAUCAUAGGUGAUGAGCUUGAGGCCUAUGCUGAGAGUUUUGGAAUGAAUUUGGAGUUCUCAAAGGUGGAAAGCAACUUGGAAAACCUGAAGCCUGAAGAUAUCAAAGUGUUUGAUGGUGAAGUCCUUGUGGUUAAUAGCAUCCUUCAGCUGCAUUGUGUGGUGAAAGAGAGUAGAGGGGCUCUCAACUCAGUUUUGCAGACGAUUCAUGAACUUUCUCCCAAAGUUUUGGUUCUUGUUGAGCAGGAUUCGAGUCACAAUGGACCCUUUUUCCUUGGGAGGUUCAUGGAAGCCCUGCACUAUUACUCUGCAAUUUUCGACUCCCUUGAUGCAAUGCUGCCUAAAUACGACACUAGGCGCGCGAAAAUGGAGCAGUUUUACUUUGCAGAGGAGAUCAAGAACAUCGUGAGUUGUGAAGGCCCCGCGAGGCUGGAAAGGCAUGAGAGGGUGGAUCAGUGGAGAAGGAGGAUGAGCCGCGCUGGAUUUCAGGCUGCGCCGAUUAAGAUGAUCGCGCAGGCGAAGCAGUGGUUGGGAAAGAUUACUGCAUGUGAAGGUUACACCAUUGUAGAGGAGAAAGGUUGCUUGGUGCUUGGAUGGAAUUCUAAGCCAAUCAUAGCAACUUCUUGCUGGAAAUGCUGA